AUGGCCGGCCGGCGCCCGGGCAAGCGUCCGGCUGCUCGCGGCACGGCCUUCUACCCCCGGAAGCGCGCAAACACGGCCUGCCAGGUGUGCAGGGCGCGCAAGACAAAGUGCGACAACAAGAAGCCCGCCUGCAGCUACUGCGUCAGCGUCGGCGCCACGUGCAUCCAGUCGCCCGUCGACCUGUCCAGCUUCGACCCCGCCAGCCUGAAGAUCCUCGAUCGCAUCGACGAGCUGGAGCGCCUGCUGCGCCAUGCCGUGCCCAUCCCUGGAGCUGGGCCUGGGCCUGGGCCUGGAUCCCUCAAGCACGCCGAUGACAACGACGUGCACAUCACCAGCCUGCUGCCCCAGCGUGUGGAUCAUAUCCUGCAGUGGCCAGUCUUCUACAAUUCCGGGUCCCACCACCACUCGCCAGCUUCGUAUCGCGCCCCUCCCGAUGCCAUCGCAACCCCUCCUUCUGGCUCAGGCUCUUUGGCCGGCCUUAUCGACAUGGACUCGCACCGGAUAUACCGUCUGCUGGACAACUUUUUCCUCCAUAUCCACUGCAAGAACCCGAUUCUCGACGAGGUGCUGGCCCGUCGCAUGGUUCUGAAUGCUUUUCUCGACGGUAUAGACUGGUCUCCUGCCUCUUGCCUAGCCCUGAUUAUAUGUGCCCUCGGCUGCAUCGCCACGCCCUUUGGCCCCAGCGGGGAGACCAAGCUGGGCACCCAGACCUAUAAUGACUCUCAAAUCUUCUUCCAAGCGGCCCAAAAGCGCAUUGGCAUCCUGCUCGUGCGCUCCGACAUCGUCGGCGCGCAGUGCCUGUUCCUCUCGGGCAUCUACCUGAUGAUGGUCUUCCAGCCCGUCUACGCCUGGCGCUUCUUCUCCCAAGCCCUAGCCGCCUGCCAGCACUUCCCCUUCCUAGCCCGCGCCCAGAACCUCAACGCCUCGCUCGACUCCAUGGAGAUGGGCCGCCAAGACACGCAGGAGCAGGCCGUCUAUUGGUCGGCCUGGAAGUCUGAGCGAGAGCUGCGCCAGGAGCUGGACCUUCCCGAUUUCGACAUCCUCCACUCUGGCAGCACCUUGUAUCCGCCCUUCUUCCCCGCGCCGCCGGUAGCCCCGGCCGAAUCCCCGGACGGGCCCGACUCGGAGACGCAGCGCGCGCGCGCCGCCUGGCUGUUCUACCUGGCUGAGAUCUCGCUCCGCCGCCUCACCAGCCGGCUGUCCAGAGAGGUGCUGGACCUGCGGGCAAAGUACACGUCCGACGCGGCGCUGCUCGACACGCUGCUCGACAUGAUGCCCGAGUACGAGGCCCAGAUUGGCGAGUGGUCCGAGAGCCUGCCCGCCGACCUCUCCAUCCACACGCCCGUGGAGGAGGACGGCAUCUGCCGGUCAGUCCUGCGCGGCCGCAUGAUCAACCUCUUCGAGCAGCUCUACUGGCCCUUUGUCAUGGCCAGCAUCAGCGCCCACAUCGCCCGCCGCCCUGUCAAGCCGGCCGUGGCCGACUUCGCCAAGCGAGGCCUCGAGACGCACAUGCACCAGGUGCGCGUCAACAAGCCGGGCUUCCACCACCGCCACCACGGCGGCAUGUUCAUGAUCCGGGCGUGCACGCGGAGCGCGCUGGUGCUGCUGGCGGCGGCCAAGGCUGGGUGCAGCAUGCCCACCGACUGGGAGGAUUCCGUCUACAAGACGGUGGGCAUGCUGGCGUACUGGGAGGACGAGGACAGGGACUUGAUACACUGGCGGGCGACGCUGGAGCGGGAGCUUGCGUUGACGCGGCAUGAAUGAAGCGUUACCAAAACGAUACCUUUUUUUUUUUUUCCAGUUAUUUCUUUUCUAAUGAUGGCAAGUUAUCUCUAUAUAUUUUGUUACUGAUAGCGGCA